GCUCAGUUAGUCAGUCGGUCGGUCGGUAGCUGCGGGCAGCGGAGGUGUACGGACAUUCUCCCCGCGGCGAGCAUGGCGGUCAGCGGCGGUACGAAGAGCUGGUCCAGGCUGGAGUCGGGGAAAAUGCCGGCCUGGAAGCUGGAGGUGCUGGAGAGGAAGCGGCAGAAGAUGGCGAGCAGCGCUGGUGUCCAGUCCUCCCGGGGGAAGGAUGUGUCACCCAGCCGGCACUCCAGGAAGGGCAGCCCUGAACGCCUGGUGCUGCAGGACAGCCUGGGUCCCCUCAAUGAGAACCCCUUCAUCAAGUUGGAAAAUGAGCUUCGCCGCCGGCGACCCCAGCAACAUCAUCAUCUUUCCUCUACAGGCAGAGCUGCUUCCCCUAUCCGGCACCUGUUGGACAUGUACAGCAAUGUCCCAGGUAUUCGCACCAUACGUGCAGAGAACAUCAUCAUCAUUGAGUCUGACCCUGGCUACUUCAGCCAGCCCAGCCACAUCGCUGGCGCAGAUCCCGUAGAAGAGCUGCUGGCCAAAAGGGGCAGCAAAGUGGCAGAGAUCCGGGCCUCCGAAGUGAUCAUCUACGAGCCGGAGCCCCCAGGCAAAGAGCCCAUUAAAAAAAAACAACAGUCUGCACCCAAGAAAGAGCUGCUGGAACAUAACAAGGUGGUGGAGGAGGCUGGCCGUGUCAGCCGGCUUAUGGAGAAGUUUGACCAUGGCCACAGUAAACCAUUACGGUCGAGGAGUUUAGAGGAUCUGCUAGAAAGGGACCAAAAGCCAGCCCUGUUGCCAAAACCUGCCUCCGCUGAGCGGCAAGGUCAUGUCCCUCAAAGUAAGGCACCCAAGCGGUCCGGAGAGACCUCCCCAUCAUCUGCCUCCAUUUUGGAAGAAGACGGCAAGCGUUUUCCCCUGAACAACCCAUCUUGGCUUCCUUCGAAACCACCUGCUGUCCAUUCCUUGCCAGAUCCCGGUUUGUUUCACAAAAGACCCCCCAGUCCUGGUACUCCUCCAGCCUUUGUUUUCCAUGGGUCUUUACCUUCAGUGGCACCACUGUCCCCUCGUUAUGAAAUGGCCAGCGAUGAGAAAUUGGUCUCCCCUACUGUAGCCACUGUCAGGGAGAAGUUCGAAGUUGGGUACCCCAACAACCAACAGCUGUCAAAAUUCAUGAAUGUUGCACAGAAGACCGGAAGCAACACCAUUUUCGUCAACCCCAAAGCUGCCCCGGUUAGCAAGGCCCGGCCUUCUGAUGCAACAGUUGGAGCCACUGUCAAAAGCUCCUCACCUCUUACCAAUGGUCAUGUUGAUCACUCUGAGAUGAAUGCAAAUACAAAUAGUUCUAUUAAAAUUCAAGAUCUCUUGUCCAAAAGUAAGCGUACUAGAGGUACUGCGACUCGGCGGUCAUCUGAGGGAAGUGGAGUAGUGCCAUCUCCUGUGUACAAUUCCACCAAUGAGCUCCCCAAAGGCGCCAAUGAAUGGAGGCCAAAAUCUGAGGUGAAGCAACCCAAAACUAGCAUCCCUUCUUUAUCCAGUGCCAGUCAUUCCGAGAGCUCUUUCCACAACCACUGUGAUACCAGCUUCAGUAGUGCCACCCCUAGCCAGCUAAUGAAAGUUUCUUCUUCCACCAGCAGUAAUGAUUCCUUUGAAAUCAGGCCAGCAGAAAAACCAGACCUGAGCAAAAUCGCUGAGGAUGAUAUCCAAGCAAAAGCCCUUGCGAACAUUAGAAUGCAGUCUAAGAACUCUUUUGUUUUUGUUCCAAAGAAGAGGCAGGACCCUCCUGCGCCAGCAACUGGUAGCACGGUCCUAGUCCCCACCAAAGACAAGCCAAAAGUGCAAGUUAGUGCUUCCACGCGGAAUGGACCCAAGUUGGAUUCCACAGAUUCUACUGGAGAAAAUAGUGUUAAGUUAAAGGAAGUUCUUGUUCCUGUUAAAAGAAAUGAAAAGAUAGAGCAGACAUCCAGUUCUGUUACGUUCAAAUCUAGUGAACCUUUACUGUUGGAUUUUGACUGGAAAAGUGGCCUUCUGCCCUCCAAAUCUACAGAAGGUCAUUCUUUUACUGACGUUGGAGCUGAGCUGGAGUACUUGAGUAGCGUACAUCAAGGAGAUGCUAUGGGCAUAUUGACUGUACCAGUCACCAAAAUACACGAAGAUGUACCUAAACCAGAUAUUCCUGUCACCAACAUAGAUGACAUAGUGAACAUUGAUGACCGAGAGCUAAGUAAAGAGGCCAAAUCUGCUUCAAAAGUAACCCCAGACCCUUCAGGUUCCUACCGGCCUCAUGCUUCCCUGUCCUCCGUCCGUGCUAAAGGCACCAACACUUUUACUGUUAUCCCCAAAAGGAAGCCCAUUACCGAGAAUGAAGCUUUUAGGACACCAGUCGCGGAUGAAGAUGACGAUGAAGAAACCGGCUCAAAAAGAAAGUCUUCAGAUGGAUAUGAGGCUCCCUAUUCUGAAAUAGGGGCGCUGCUCAAAAAGAGGUACCCAACGGCUGAAGAGAUAAAGGUCGUCGGUGGCUACCAGUCGCUGUCGAAGUCCUGCCUGUCAAAGAUUGGUUCUACGAGGAAAAAGAUGAAGAUCUCUUUCAAUGAGCAGAACAUCCACACAAUGUUUGAGUAUCCUUCUGAGAGCUCGCUUGUAGAAGAGGUACCGGAAGAAGAGGGGAAUUAUGCAUCUGGCUCCGAAUCAGAGGAGGAAGAUAAACCAUCUGGUCUCUUUAUCCCGCGAGUAACGUUUGGGAGCAGUGGAACAACAAGCAACGGCCUACAGGCCAAAUCUAACUCAGGUCUAUCUAAUUACACCCCAAAGCACUCUGUAGAAUACAGUAAAUGGCAGGAUGAGAAGACGCAGGUGCGACCAGCUUCUUUAGACGGUGGGGACCAUGAGGGCAUGCUCACCCCCGACUACGGUGACUCCCACUCAGAUUUCCGCAGUGAGCCGGCCCUAUACUUCUAGAGAUUGAGGACGUUUCUAGUAUCGUCACUGCCCUCCUCCAGCUUCUACUCAGGAUCCUCCUCAUACAGAGACUGAGGCCUGGCCAUCUUUGUGCCCGUGCUGCAAAGGAUCUUGGGGAAAAAACUUGUCCCUUUUUAAUACCAAGACUGACUUGGACCCUCUAUGCACUGCUCUUCAAUCACUGGAUCACCACCACGAUCUCCUCUCAUAUUUCUGAUCCCAAAUCGGAAAGGUCGCAGCUUUUCUUGCUGCCCACCGUGGACUUCUGUUAAUUAUAUUAAUUAACAUAUUGUGCGUCUGCUGAAAGAUAAUUGGAUGAGAAGAUCUCACUCUGGGGUUG